GGUUGCCCUCCAUUUAUUCGUCAUGAUGGCAGGUUCGGGCGCCGCCGGUGCCGCAACCACGACAGGUGGAACCACGACCGCGUUACAGGACGACCUUCUUCUCGUGAAUGUGGGCAGUCUUCGCGGUCACGAACUUGACAAAGAAGUGAGCCUGUCCAUGCUGCCGCAAGUCGAGUUCUCGGACGAUGUGGUGGGACUGUUGGAAGCGGCCAAGGCUCUGCUCUUGGCGCCACUGCAGUUCUUGGAGGGUGAGGCACCCACUCCAGCCCAACGCACCCAGCUUGCCAAAGGAAGCAUCCAAGUUCGCCAAGACGGAGCAUCAACCCUAAUGACACUCUCAGUGAACCCUACGAUUCAACAGCAAAUCACUCAAAUGUCGGACGACUUGCACCUGUCAGAGGCAACUUGCUUGAAGUACUGGAUCCUCGCCAGCCAACCCGAGAAUCGAACUCUUGUCACCCACCGCAACCAUUUGGCCAAGGAUGCUAUCCAAGACAACGUGCCCGCUGCAGCGCGUGAGUUUGUGUUGCAGGAAACUUCCGCGGUGUUGUCGGCGCUUCGCCAGCUCUGUCGUGCACGGAUCGACCCAUCGAUUCCUUCCGAGAAAAAGGAAAUCGUCAUCUCAUUUACAAACGACCUCCUUCGCAGCGACUUGAUGUCCAAGCUUGUCCAGCUCCUGUCCACCGUCGUUCCUACCUUGAUCAAGCGCCAGAGUGUGCUUACGUUUGCGCUUCAGUGGCAAAAAACCAUUGCCGAAAUCCUCUUCGUGCUCGGCUCAUCGACCCACCUCUUGCAGACCGAAGUGAAGGCGCUGCUAACGUUGACCAAAUCGUUGGCACUUCGUCUGGAAUCUUCUCGCAGCCACAUCGCGUCCGCGCUGCAAAGUGUCAUGGGGCUUGGCUCGUUUGUUGACACGUUGCCGUUCGACGCCCAGGAAGUGGCAUCCCUCCUGCACUCGUUGAGCUUUGUUCAGGCGACUGUGGCUUCUGUGCUUGUUGCUCCGGACUCACGCCGGGUGAAUCGAAACACGGACGAAUUCACGCCCACUGCUCCACAACCGUUGCUGACCGCGUCGGCCAUCCAAGACCUGAAUCUACUCGUGAUCGAAGACAAGUGGCUUCCGUCCCCGAAACUCGGUAAAGUCCAAGGUGUCGUCGGGUUGUACUACGCACUGGCGCUGGCGCAAUCGUCGCAAGGCCGCGACGCCCGCCUCGAUGCAUUCCACACCGAGUGCAUGGCGGCGAACUGUUUUUCCUUUGCCACGCACGCCUUGUACCCGUUCGCGCCGACGUCAGACCCGCUGCUGAGCGAUCCGUACUUUGCCACGUUACAACAAGUGUUUGCAAAGUAUGCCGACCACUACUUUACAGGACAAGUGCCUGACCCACCGACAUCGGUCGAGUCGACGCCUGCGGAAGCUGUGCUCAGCGCCACGACCACGGGCGACGGCAUCCAAGAUAUCCUGAACUGGGCCACGUAUCUGUGCGAACGCUGCCCCACCUUGGCCGUGCAAUGUUGGGCUGCACCAGCUACGUUUGUGUCGAAAUUGACGGCGGACAUCACGUCAGGAUCAGCGCGAGUCGCCUACAUGCACUUCCUCGCCGUCUCCGGCAAGGGCAACCCUGCCGCCACGUACAAGCACAUUAAGGACAGUCCGCCACCGAUCACGUGGAAGCGCUUCUUCUCUGCGAUUGAAAGCUACCGCAGACUCCUCAUGCCCGACAAUCCGCACAUGGCGACGCUGUUUCCAGUGUCGACGAAAGCGACCGCUUCGUCGUCCCCUCCACACAAGUUUUCAAACGCUGAAGUCGAUGCGCUGGACGCCAUGUUUCACAUUUUUCAGACGAUGGUGCAGGAUGACAGCAUCGCGCGCUAUUUUCUCGACUGGCCCGACGUAAACGUGCUCUUGCUCUUCCUCGGAUUUGUGCGGUGUCCGAUUCCUUCCGUGUUGAAAGGCGCUGUCAUGGACACAUUGUCGUCCUUCGUGACGUCGCCGCCGAUGGGACAGUUAAUGUGGCAGCACUUGGAGUCGGCCCAGAUCUUGGUCACGGCGCCCUCGACAACGCCAAACCAAGGGAUCCUGUUCGAGCUCGAGCAGAUUGAAAGCAUGCAGCGGAAAUACCCCGCCACGUUGGGGUUUCUCACGUUGCUCGGCCAGUUGUUUCGGCACGAGUUUCCCGACGACUGCGGUGCCAACUACCGUGUGCCUGGCGCCCAACCGUACUUGGACUUUGCCGUCCACGUCUUUCUGAAAGCCGACGCCCGCGAAUACGACGUCGACCUGGACAAAUGGCUUCUCCUCGAACGCUGCUUGCGCCUGUUUGACCAAGUGUUGGCAGCGUAUACCCCAACUGCCGCCGACUUUAAGGACGACUACAUCGUGCUCAACCCGCACCUCGGUGCAUCGUUCAACAAGUCAGACAAGUACUACAAUAAACCCAAGUCGCUCGGGUUUAUCGUGCUCACCAAGUUCCUGACGGACAGUCCCGUCCUUCGCAAACUGCUGCACCUCUUGACAUCCGAGCUGUCAGUUGCCCAACUCGAACGCACCAACGACGUGGCCCAAGUCAAGUACACGACCGAUCUGUGCAUGCAGCUCGUCCAGGACUCGACGGCGCUCAACUCGACCCCGCUGAUUGGCGUGCAGGAGAACAUCGUGAACCUCGCCCUCGGCCUCCUCCAUCGCGUGUUUGCGUUGGAAGACGACUUUGUCACAGCGAUGCGGGCCAGCGUUUUGGAAACCGUGGUCGAACCGCUGCACCGCGUGCUCAUUCGGUCGCCCCAACACGUCGUCACACUGACCAAGUACAUUCGAUACGCGCCGAAUCCGUCGAUUGCGAUCCAGUCGGCCAAGAUUCUGCGCCAUUUGAGCUCCCACGUGCCCCCAACCCACUUGGUGCAGAUAUUUCAAGAUCACGGCGAUGACCAAGAUAUUCGCGAUGGAUACGUGUCUGUCAUGAUGGACGAAGCCGACGCUUCCAAGGAGGCCAAGGACGUGGCGCUUGACAUCUUGCUCGACAACAUCCACAAACCCGUGCCGAACAUUUCGACCUUGCUGCUGCUGCCCGCGGCCGGCAGGGACGCCAACAACGUCUUGGAUGCGUUGCUGCUGGUGCUAGACAACUUCAAUUUUGUCCAUACGCAGCCCGUCUUAAGCGAACGCGCGCAUCAGUUGGUGUACAAAGUCCUGUCCACUCGUUCACUCCAGAAAAUGGGACGACCCCAGCACUUGGAAGGGUUCCUGUCCCGCCAGAUUCAAACGCUACCGACGCUUUGGUCGAUUCAGCGCCACAUGACGGCCCAUCGCGACGUGCUCGCGCUGGUUCAUAUCCGACGGUGGCUUGUCCAAGACCUUGCGCUCGUCGUGUUUCAAACCAAGCGCGCCGCGUCGUUGGUCGCGUCUCCCGUGGCUACGCUGCUCGCAUUGUUCGACGCGACUCUGUUUGUGCAUGCGCCGCCGACGAUGCCGCAGGACGAAGCCGGCAUGAAACUGGCCGACCAGUGUACGCUCGAGCAAGACCAGCGCUUGUACAUUGACGUGGUCAAGUUCCAGUCUCUGUUGCACCAAUCGGGGGACACCUCGGCGACUUUGAUUCAGUGGGCGUUGAGUUGGAAUCGAUUUUCGGAGCGCAUUGCGGUCGAAGCGCAGGCGUUGGAGGCAUGGACAGCGUUGGCGCAGGUCCUGGCAGUCGACCACCACCUGACAGUCAAGGACUUGUAUCAAGUGUGGCAAGCGCUGCUGAACAAGGUGCAAACGAAGGAUGGUGUGGCCCAUUUGGUCGAGCUCGUUGCCAAGGUGACUGUCACCCUGAGCUUUCAAAUUCGCGCGCACCGCGUGCACAACGCGCCGGGAGGGCUGUCGACAUACCAACGCCUGGAAUUAAUCCAAGACACAAUGCUGGUUGUCUGCCAAACGUUGCAAUCCACGGGCAACCCGGCCGCCAGCCGCCGCGCCCGCAGUUGGCUGUACACAUCGCUGCUGCACUUGAUGCGAUACGGUCAAGAAGAAUCCAAACUCGACGCGCGCACCACCACAAGUCGCGAAGCGUUGAGCCACCUCGUCCUCGUGUCGCAGGAACCGACCUUGUUUGACGAGUACGUGUGGAACGAAACAUUUUUGUCGACGAUGUGCCGAGAUGCCAGCGAAGCCGCGUCGGAACCUCUGCCCAUGGGGCUGGCCAUGAAUGUGCUGGGCUUAAUCAUGAGCUGCUCGUCGAGCGGCCGCGUUGCCCUCCUUCGGCUGCUCGUCCCGGUCAUGCCCCACUUGUGCAACGUGCACUUGCAACUGCGCCAGGCAAACCAGGACGAACUCGCCGACACGGUCGUAUCGUUUUUUGUCCAAGUCGCCCAAACACAAGAAGGCGCGUUGACGCUGCUGCACGGCGGCGUUGUCCGCACGCUCAUGCAGUGCACGACGUUUCCCGUCCAGCGUCCGCUGUGGACCCUCGACACGGACACGUGGCUCGCCGCCGAACAAACAUACUACCAAAAGUGGCUUCCGGUCCUUCGCCUUCUUGGGUGCCUAGUCACUGCGCUCCCGCGCAACACGGAAUGCAUCCAAGCGGUGUUGAUAUUCCUGCACAAACACAUCAAACUCGUGAGCGGCGCGCUCAACCUGGAAGUCCAUGCACCUUCCCUCCAACGGCUCGUCGAAACGUCGCAUGUGCUCGUCCUCCUCCGUGCAGCCUCCGGUCAUGCCAAGCUGCUCGAAUCGUUGCUUGGCGCACCGAAAGUCACGAAACUGACUAAAAAAAUCGUUCACGUUGUGUCGUACUAUGGGCAAAAUCUGGGCAUGUUUACGGGGUGGUGGACAGCGAUUGUACCGCGCACCGUGUCGGAGCAAGAACAGGCCGAUGUCGCUGGGUCCGUGGCCAUGCUGCCGUCCGCCACGCUCUUUGACGAAUGCAAAUGGGACGCCGUGCGAAUCAUCCUGUGCCAAGCGACAGCAUAUUGCCGACUGCGCAUGUUGAGCUGGGACUCGCUCCUCACGUCGAGCAAGAGUGCGUACGUGGCGAUGGACGUGCUCGAGAACGCAGACCAAGAGUGGCUCGCAUCGCUGGCGAGAUUCGUGCAUCUGUACCGCAACGACGUUGACCGGGACACUCUUCUUUUUCUCAUCGAAAACAGUGCGACCGUGCUGGCUCUCCACGCCCUCCAUGGCCAACACCACGCCACUGCCGCCGCCAUGCUCGCCUCGCUCGGCUCGGACUUUGAGGUACGUUUUAAUCCACUUUUCGACGGAGUUGAUGUGUUGGAGUCCGUGCUGACUUGGGCUCGGUAGAACCGCGGCGUCGUCCACCUCGUGAGCCGCAAACUACGGGACCUCGUGUGCUUGUCGCCAGCGCAACCAUAGCAACGUGGAAAUUCCUUGUGUGUUUUCAAUACAUGUCGAGAGAGGCACUUGCAAUUUGUCGGCAGAAGCCAAGCGUUUGGACGGAGCACACGCAGUCGGCAAGGCUCAAAACAGAGGCCCACGAUCCUUGUCCUCGUUCGAGUUGACAACACCCCUCGUGCCCUCCUUGUCCUGGCGCGAUUUCACGCUCCAAGCACGUUGACAGACGACAACGAUUCCGACCUCCUAGUCGCCACUGACAUGUUCCUUCUUCGCGCAUCCGUCCUAGCAAGUAGGUUUUGCAGGACGCAUCGGCGUGGGGACAUCGCUCCGUGACACGGACAUCCGCGGACGUCAGCAUGUCGAGCCAUGUCUUGUGCCGACACGUGGGCAUGAAAUGUGCGCUGUUGGGUGGGUUGGGUGUUCUGUUGUCAUGAUGCAAGCACGCGAUGACUCAUGUCCAGCCGACGUGCCGCCCACACAGGAACAACAUGAACGUGUUGACCCAACAAGGGAGGGAACCGUGGAAGCCGUGGCACGGCGAUCGCCAGUGUCCGCCCGAGGUCCUCUUAUGCCGCGAGCACCAUCGAUGCGACGAAAGCAGGCUCGAGAGCGAGCUGCUCGUCCAUCUUGCGCGGCGUUGGCACGCUCUAGAGUUGCGCUGUCGACGCCGGCCCCAUGCACGAUCUCGAGC